AUGGCAGUGAGCCCAGAUGUCACGUCCAUUAACCCACAGGGCCUUGGGCUUGUCCUCCUCGUCGUUACUCUCUUUCUGACCCCUCCAUCCACGAUAGUUGUCGCCCUGAGAUGUGGAAUUCGACUUAAACAUGAUGUCUUCAGUGGGAAUGAUGUCCUCAUGCUAGUUGGGUGGAUGCUGUUCAUGGUUGUUGUUGGUGUCAUAUCUAAGGGAUGCUAUUACGGGCUCGGUGCCAAGGAUGAGCGACUGAAUGAAUACCUCCACAUUUGGCUAUUCCAGACAUUCUACUGCUCUUCUUUAAUCUUCAUUAAAGCAUCGAUCUGCGUCACACUCCUUCGAAUCGCAGUUGUCAAAACCCAUGGUAUUAUUACAUGGGUUACGCUCACGGCCUCGUGCAUUUCUACCCUCAUCGUCAUUAUUGGACUUUUUGCCAUGUGCCGUCCUGUACAGGCAAAUUGGGAUAAAUCUGCAGGAACAUGUUCUCCUCCCAUCGUCAUCACAAGUCUUAGUUAUCUCGUAUCCGCUGCGGCCGUGGCUACAGACUGGAUAUGCGCAAUCUUGCCUGGCUUUAUGCUCUACAAAGCUCAGAUGAAAAUGGCGACGAAGGUUUCUAUCAGCAUUAGCCUGGGAUUAGGUGUCCUGGCGUCCAUUGCCACUAUCGUGAGACUUCCUUAUAUCAAGUUCUAUGCUGACCCUAAAGACUAUCCAUACAAUGUUGGGAAUAUUGCGCUAUGGUCUGUCUUUGAGUCAGGAACUGGUAUCAUUGCAGGCUCGCUGCCCUCGUUACGGCGACUUCUGAAGAACUGGGUCAACUUUGACUCAUCCCAUGGACACUCAUCGUCUAAUGUCACACCCUUUACAGGGGCAGGAAAGUCAACUGUGACGAGCAAGGUUGGAGUAUCCACAGGACGGCGGCACAAGAGCAUUAUACCCAACGUCAAAUCAGAUAGAGACUGGGAACAGUUGGAUGAUGCUUCAUCAAGUCGGAAGAUCAUCGUUACAGUCGACAUGGAGAUGCAAUCUCUGGAACGUCCGAUGACGUCUUCGAGAUCAAGGACACCGCUUUCUAAAGCAUAG